AUGUCUUCGUCGCGGAUCACAAGUUUUCAAGGCUCAAGGAACUUUAGGCUGCUUAUAGUACUAGCGACUUUGUCGGGCAAGCCCAUCAAAAUAGAGAAAAUCCGGUCCGAUGACCUAAACCCUGGUCUGCGAGACCACGAGGUAUCAUUCUUGAGGUUGAUGGAAGCAGUUACGAACGGCAGCUCAAUUGAGAUCUCAUAUACAGGUACGACAAUUAUUUACAAGCCUGGAAUAAUAACAGGUGGUUCCUACACUCACAACUGUCCACCAAGCAAGCCAGUCGGAUACUAUGUCGAGCCCAUGCUUUACCUGGCCCCGUUCUCCAAAAAUAAGUUUUCCAUUAUAUUCCGGGGCGUCACUGCCUCUCACAACGACGCUGGUGUUGAAGCUAUAAAGUGGGGGCUACUGCCUGUCAUGGAAAAAUUCGGAGUUCGAGAGUGUGCCCUUCAUACCUUGAAGAGAGGCUCCCCUCCGUUAGGAGGUGGGGAAGUCCACUUGGUUGUUGACUCUCUGAUCGCUCAACCAGUCACAAUGCAUGCGCUGGACACUCCACAAAUAGCCUCUAUUAGAGGCGUUGCAUAUUCCACCAGAGUAAGCCCUUCAAUGGUUAACAGAAUGAUUGAAGGCGCUAGAAAUGUCCUUAGAGGACUGAGCUGCGAAGUAGACAUUACUGCUGAUGUUUGGAGAGGCGAAAAUUCCGGUAAAAGCCCCGGUUGGGGCAUAACGUUGGUUGCUGAAAGCAAAAAGGGUUGGAGAUAUUUUGCAGAAAACAUUGGUGGCGCCGGAGACGUCCCGGAGGACAUCGGUACGCAAGUGGCCUACGAACUUCUAGAGGAAAUUUCAGAAAGCGCCGUUGUAGGCCGGACCCAGUUACCACUAGCCAUAGUUUACAUGGUAAUCGGUAAAGAGGACAUUGGCAGGCUGAGAAUCACAAAAUCCCAAGUUGACGAAAGGUUUAUAUGGCUUCUGAGGCACAUUAAGAAAAUGUUUGGGACUGAAGUGUUUUUGAAGCCUGUUGACGAGCCGGAAAGUGAUGACAUCAUUGUGACCAUCAAGGGCAUUGGCUUUACCAACACCAACAAAAAAACAGCAUAA